AUCAGGCGCCUGUUUAAUGGGACAUUUGGUCCAAAGAACAUCAGAAAUUCGUAGAAUACUUGCAUAAGCUUGUCUCCGUGAAUUAUGACUUUGUUAACUGCUUGACGAUUGACGUACAUUUUCAUUAAUAUUUGGGAGUAUAGUGAUUAGAGUUAUUGCAAUUGUCGGAGUAUUUGGGGGUUAAUCAUGUGGCUGGCAAGAUUUAUACUUGCGUCAUAAGUGGAUCACGGUGAUUAUAGUGAUUAAUGUUAGGUGCGAUUGUGAUGAUUGUGUUUCUCUCCAUGUUUUAUUUUAUUGGUCUUCAUUGUUUCUUCUAUUCGGACUCCUUGAUGUUAUUGACUAGAGGACAAUGGGCUGGGGGUUGAAUGAAUGCAGUAGACAAUUGUUAAUUAUCAACAGUUGAGUUCGAAGGUCAGGCGAUGCAUAGUUAAUGAAGGGCACCAGCAAUACGAGUGAAAACGAUUUUAAGGAACAAGACUGUCAACAUGGUCAGCAAACUGCCACAGGAAUUCAGGAGAUAUCAGAGAAAUCGACAACAGUUGAGACAUAUUUUCAAAGAGACUCAACGCACUUUGGAUGUUAUUAAUCAUGAAAAUUUCUUUCCCGAUGAGAAUAUAAUCGAGGAAUUGUUACCCUCCGUAACGCUAGAUCGUUUGAUCCACAUUCUGGACAAUCAUCCAGCAAUAGUGAUAUCCGGACAAGAUUGCAAAUCCAAAGCAGCGCUUGUCAAUCACCUCCUAGCGGUUGAGAUACUUCCCUCGAUGGACGGCCAAUGGAGGUGGUUAAAAUUCGGAUAUGGUCCCACCAAGCACGUGAGUCUCACACUGGGCCUGGAGUACGAGGUCGUUGACAGGGUCCAGGCAAACGAAAUCACCUGGAAGGUCCUCCCCGAAGAAGACCUCAUCAAAUCCGGUAAUGAGGACUCAAACUGUCCCACUAUCCUCGAUGUGAAACUCAACAGGCCGGUACUGAAGGACAACGUCCAGAUUUUUGUCGUUCCUGACAUCACAGCCGUCAAGACUUUGGCAAAAGGAACCCUAGGGAUCCUCCCGAUUUUUCUUUACGCCUUAAGUGAUCAUCCCUUGACAGACGAGAACACUGCAGAAUUACGAGAACUGAAGGAAACUUAUCCUUACACUCCCGUGCUCUUUGUCUCGUCCCUCAUUAAUACAAUUCUCGACAAUGUGGAUGGAGACCUCACCGAAUCGGAACAACACCGUCUCCAAAGUCAGUCAGAAGCCUUUGCCCCUUCAUCCCCACCGGAGUCCUUCAAAGAAGACGAAAAGUUGAAUCUAGAAAAAAUGAAUUCCCUGGGUCACACCUGGCUGGAUCAACUUGGAGACCUUGGCUUCCUUAGAAUGGAGUCUGAGGAAGUAGAUCAGAUGAACUGGAUAGUAGGUGGACAGUACACCAACUCCUCAGACCUCGUCGAGUCCUACUCAAAGAUCGAUCGAGUUCUCUAUUUCACUCGAGGCUGCCUCCGAAGCUAUUUAGUCAACGCUGGCAAUUAUCUCAAUGAAAUACAUACGACAUCUCUGAGGAAGUUCAUUCUCAGUGCCUUCGACAUGGCUCGGGAAAUCCAAAUAACCCCCAGGAGAAUCCAAUAUGCCCAGCAGAAAGAAAACGAGCUCUAUACUAGUCUGAUGAGUGUGGUGAGUAAAAAUCAAGAGGAAUUAUCCGAAUUGAUUCAAAAUAUAAUUGAAGAGAUGAAAAAUGGGGUUGAGGAAGUCGACGAUGAUCCUUAUCGGCAUCAGAGUGCCUUAGCAGCCGAGAAUUCGGAGAGAAAUGAGUGGCAUGCCACUGUCAGGUCAGCUACAAGCGAGGUGCAACGGUUGGUUCUCAGUAAAUUGAGUGAAAAGGUCGCUAAACAAUUAGUAACCUCUGUCAAUUGCCUUCGGGAGAAUUUUUUCGGAACUUUACAACGAUGUUUACUGGAGUUAGAAAAGAGUUACGAUCAGGAUGGAAAUCUCCUCGCCAGUGAUGCAUUGAACCAGAUUUUAUCAGCAGCGUACAAUGUCGAACUUCAUAAUUCAUCACCAUCGUUGGUCCAUUCCUUUCUGGAGAGGCUCAGGCAGCUGUUUAAGGCUAUGCCUCUCCCCUGGGCCCCAACUCCGACUCUGGAUGCCUCCUGGAGGAGGAAGGUCACUGUAGAUGUCCUGAAUUCGCUCUCGGCUGCUAGAUUAGCGAAAACUAUCUCCACACAGUUCAGGGAUAAAAUAAAGUCCUCUCACGAUGCCUUUCAUGCAGCUCUGAGAUCACUGGAGAAUCAUUACUCUGGAAAACUGGAGAGAACUGAGGAGCAGAGAGUGGCCAUCAGGAAGAUCCAUGCGCCGAGACUUGCGAAAUUGGCUUUGGAGUCAACUUCUAUGAGUGAUAUGGUCAGAUUUGGCAUUCCCCAUCAGGGAAAGGAAAUCGGAAGGGGUCAGUAUGGAGUGGUUUUUGCUUGUGACGGAUGGGGAGGAGCUCCUGGACCUUGUGCUGUCAAGUCGGUUGUCCCUCCUGACGAGAAACACUGGAAUGAUCUUGCCAUGGAGUUUUAUUACACUAGGACUAUUCCCGAUCACAAGAGAAUUGUCAAGCUGAGGGGAUCUGUAAUCGAUCAUAAUUAUGGUGGGGGAUGCGGACUAGGUGCUGCAGUUUUGUUAAUCACCGAUCGGAUGAGUCGAGAUCUUUACUGUGGUAUAAGGGCUGGUCUGAACUGGCUGGAAAGAAUACAAAUCGCUAUCGAUGUUCUUGAGGGCAUCCGGUAUCUCCAUUCUCAAGGACUGGUGCACAGAGAUAUUAAGCUGAAAAAUGUGCUUCUGGAUAUGGAAAAUCGAGCAAAGCUGACUGAUCUUGGAUUUUGUAUCACUGAAGCUAUGAUGUCGGGCUCUGUGGUCGGAACUCCUGUUCAUAUGGCGCCAGAACUGCUUUCCGGACAUUAUGACAGCAGUGUUGAUGUUUAUGCUUUCGGAAUUUUGUUUUGGUACAUUUGUGCAGGUCACACUAGGAUGCCCUACGCCUUUGAAAAUUUUCAGAACAAGGAGCAGCUCUGGGGGAGUGUUCGAAGAGGUGUAAGACCUGAACGUUUAACUCACUUUGAUGACGAAUGCUGGACUCUCAUGGAGCAAUGCUGGUCUGGUGAGCCCUCGAAACGACCUCUUCUCGGUGCCAUUUUACCAGUACUGGAAUCAAUUCGUGAAAAGGCUGAAUUAGGCAAGUCCAUGACAGAAAUCGACGCAGUCAGGCUACCCAGCUCGCCGUACUCGUUAUCAGACACAAGAAGUCCAGCUUUAGCAUUAGCUGAGCCCAAUAACCAAAGAGGCACCAUGGCAAGUCCUCUUCCAAGACGUAGACCAUUAAGAGCUCUCAAACAUCCUGUCCUACACAUGACUAAUCUGUUUCAAACUAGCGUGUGCUCGAAUCUCUAUGUUCAAAUGCGCGAAUUCUAAGUCCUGUAAUUUUACUUACGCUCAUUUUGGAGGGCAAAAUUUUUAAAGACUGGUAAAUAUCGAAUAUUUUUUAAACAAAUAUCCGUGAAAGGGAGGAAAUUACCUUCUAAACUUACCUUUUGUGCUGUUUUUUCUACUUUACUACGAUUUGGUUUGAAUUUACUGAAUUAAGACACAGUUGGUAUUUCUAUUAGUCGAUUUUUAUACUUUUCCUAUGACCUUAUUAGGUUGUAUUACUCAACGUACGAUACCAAUUAAUCGCGUUUGGUAAUUUUUUAAGAAAACCGUUAAAAACAUAGAGAUAAAGUCAAAAAAAAUACUUGUGCUCUCUCAACGGCGCGUGCUGGUUAAUGAUGUCACACAAAAUGCAAUUAGUCUCGAUAUCAGUCCAGCAGUGUGAAAAAAUUUUUCAUCUAAUAAGGUUUCAUGAUAAGCGAUAAAUAAUAAUCAUGUGAUACAUAAACAUAACAAGGCAAGCCCAUAGUCCAUUGACACGGUUUUACUACUGUCAUGGACAUAUUGUAUUUGCCUUUCUCAUGUUGUCUAUAAGUAAUAACCAUCCGUGGUUGCUCCUCAUCCUUUAUCGUUUCCAGUUCCCAAAGAGUUUCGAGUCUCUGUUAUCAGCUUACGACGUUCUCGAACGCGAAUACGAAAUGUUGGAUAAUUGGAAAAAUUAUUAAUAACUGUGCAUAUAUUGUAAUAUUUUCCUAUUUUUGUGUUUGAAAAAUUUUUGAAUAAAGAAUAUUACUGUUAUGAAA